GGCGGCGGUGUCCGGGGGUCUGUCAUCAGAAACCCCGCAGCAGCUUCAUGAAAACGCGCAACCGAUGGCUUCGUAUUCGGAGCUUGAAGCCCACAUUAGGUGUUUGUGAAACCUCCUUGUCCGUGCGCCCGCUUCUAUCCCUCGCCUGUCCGGGCAUAUUUCUCACCCCCCGCGGAUUCCACACCACUGCUUCCGUCCGAUUCUGGCACCUACACCGCGCAUGCUCCAACCACAACCCCGCACCACGCCUGCGCAGGGGCUGGCGUCGCGGAAGAGAGGGCAACCAAACCGCCCUUCGUUCAAUCCGAUUGGCGGGAGGACCGGCGAGCCCUUGUUCGGUCCUCCGGCCAAUCGGAGUGGGAGUGGGCGGGGCUGGAGGACCCGCUGCCCCCGUUCGGUCCUCCAGCCCCGCCCCCUCGUUCACCCCGAUUGGUUGGAGGACAAACCGCUCACGUUCGGUCCUCCAGCCUCGCCUCCUCGUUCACCCCGAUUGGUUGGAGGACAAACCGCUCACGUUCGGUCCCUCCAGCCCCGAUCCCUCUCUUCCUAUUGGUCUGAAAGAACAAUCAGCCGUUUCCGGAUCCUCUCGGGCCUCAACCUGAACCAAAGGCCCAGUUGGGAAAAGGGGGUUACAAGGGGAGGAGUUCCAGGCGAGAAAAAUCAUAACAAAUAUCCUGCCAAGAUCUGACACGGCCACUCAAUUCAUCAAGACCUGAAUAUCAUCACAGCGAGUGGUUCGGGUCUGGAAUGCACUGCCUGGAAGCGUGGCGGAGGCAGGUUCAAUCGAGGCAUUCAAGAGGGCAUGGGAUGGUUAUUUAAAUAGAAACAAUGCGCAGGGUUAUGGGCAAAAGGCAGGAGAAUGGCACUAAGUCAUAACGCUCAUUUGGAGAUCCGGUGCAGACACAAUGGAUGGACUGAAUGGCCUCCUUCAGCUGGGAACUGAUCAACGCAGUCAGACUGCGGAGAGACCAUUCACCCGGUCCAUGUGUGGGAAUGGACUUACUCAGUUAUCCAGUGCAUUGACAGACCAGCGAGUUCACACUGGGGAGAGGCCGUUCAGGUGUUCUGUGUGUAGGCAGGAAUUUGCUGAAUCAUCUGAGCUACUGGUGCAUGAGAAAGUUCACACUGAGGAGAGGCCAUUCACCUGCUCUGUGUGUGGGAAGGGAUUCACUCAGUCAUCCCACCUCACUGAACAUCAACUUGUUCACGGCAAUCAGAGACCUUUUAAAUGUUCUGACUGUGAGAAGAGCUUUAAAAGCAAGAAGUAUCUGCGAGUACACCAGCGAGUUCACACUGGGGAGAGACUGUUCACCUGCUCUGACUGUGGGAAGGAAUUCGUUCAGUCACACCACCUUCUGAGGCACCAGCAAGUUCACACAGGGGAGAGGCCGUUCAUCUGCUCUGACUGUGGGAAGGGAUUCACACAUUCACACAACCUUCUGACACACCAGCGAGUUCACACUGGGGAGAGGCCAUACACCUGCUCUGACUGUGGGAGUGGAUUCACUCAGUUAUCCCACCUUCUGACACACCAGCGAGUUCACGCUGGAGAGAGACCGUUCACUUGCUCUGACUGUGGGAAGGGAUUCACUCAGUCACACCACCUUCUGACACACCAGCGAGUUCAUACUGGGGAGAGGCCAUUUAUCUGCUCCGAGUGUGGGAAGGGAUUCAGUCAGUCAUCCCACCUUCUGACACACAAGCAAGUUCACACUGGGGAGAGGCCAUUCACCUGCUCUGAGUGUGGUAAGGGAUUCGCUCAGUCAUACCAGCUUCUGAUGCACCAGCAAGUUCACACUGGGGAGAGACCGUUCACCUGCCCAGUGUGCGCAAAGGGAUUUACUCAGUCAUCAAACCUACUGGUACACCAGCGAGUUCACACCGGGGAGAGACCAUUCACCUGCUCCAUGUGUGGGAAGGGAUUCACUCAGUCAUCCCACCUUCUGACGCAUCAGCAGGUUCAUAGGGGGGUGAGGCCAUUCACCUGCUCCGUGUGUGGGAAGGGAUUCACUCGGUCAUCCCACCUGCUGAGACACCAGCAAGUUCACAAGUGACUGCUGGAGUUGGAUUGUGUUAUUGCUGCUGUUAGCCACAGCCAGGACUGAACAUGUGGGUGAAUCCUGAGGUGUGUAAAAAAUCACAGCCGCUCUCUUCCAUGGUUCAGAGCUCCUAGAUACAGAACAGAAGGCUCCUUUACAACUGGGUUUAGAGUCAGGAUGAACAAUGGUGAAUGUUGGAAACGUGCUGUCAAAUCAGAGAUUGGUGUAAAACUGUGAUCUGCUCCUGACUGAAAGUGAACUGGCAGGUUUAUGUUUCCAGUCUGGAAAUGAUUGUGAUAAUUAUGGUACGAGGAUUUAAAAUGUUUGUGUGACAUUCUUGAGUCUACCAAUGUAAGGCAAUAACAACAAGAGGUUUCAUUUCUAUAUGGAACCUUUAACCUCUCUCACCUUCCAUUAACUUCAAUAUAAUCGAAACUGACAGUUGGAAUCUGUCAACAUUUGAAAGAUAUUUACAAUGAUUGGAGGGUUUCUUACAGUUAGGAUUUUUCUCUAUUCUGACCACUCAAGGUGUUCAAUAACAGACUUUCUCCUGUGAAUAUCGAGCUGGGAUAUUGGGCUGUGACAUAUUUCCUUGUUCAUCUUGCUGACUUGAUAUAUUAAAUCUUGUGGUUUCGGACACCAGAUAAUCAAGCUCACAACAACAGAUUGUCUUUUCCUGACUUUAUUAACAGCUCUGCAAUCAUACGGACAGAGUAAUUCCUUACAUGGUUCCGGUCUUCAAUGAUGUACUUAUAAAUGUCAUCAUUUUAUAUACUUCAGAGCCUGUAAUAUAGGAAUCGUGGAUUGGUGUGUAACUUUAAUAUAAUUUUAAUUCAAUAUUCCUUCUUUUAAAUAUCAAUUUCACCACUUCCCUGUUGCCUGCUGAAUUUGUCUAUUAUUGUUAGUACAUGAUUGUCACAUGUUUUCAUGUUUUGAAUUUGAUUAUGUAGUCUAUAGAUGACAUUUUAUGAAUUAUUUGAUGUAGGUGACACUGCAAUUCAUCCUUUGGGCUGUGAAUAUGUUUCUUGAAUAAAAUACCGUUAUAUUAAAUGAAA